GGACCAGGGCUCUCCGGCUGCACGUCCCCUCUCCAGCCGCCCCCGCCUCCCGCACGCGCUCGCUCGCUCCCUCCCAGCUCGCUUCCUCCCCCACCUUCGCAGCGCUGGGAGGAAGGCACCGGGGCUCAAGAUGGCUUUAGCCGGGCUCUGCGCCCUGCUCGCCUGCUGCUGGGGGCCGGCGGCGGUGCUGGCCACGGCCACGGGCGAGGUGGAUCCUUCCAAGGAGCUGGAGUGCAAGCUCAAGAGCAUCACGGUGUCGGCGCUGCCCUUCCUGCGCGAGAACGACCUGAGCAUCAUGCACAGCCCCUCGGCCUCCGAGCCCAAGCUCCUCUUCUCUGUGCGCAACGACUUCCCGGGAGAAAUGGUCGUGGUGGACGACCUGGAGAACACGGAGCUGCCCUACUUCGUGCUGGAGAUCUCAGGGAACACAGAGGACAUCCCUCUGGUGCGCUGGAGGCAGCAGUGGCUGGAGAAUGGCACUUUGCUUUUUCAUAUCCAUCACCAAGAUGGCGCCCCGAGCCUCCCUGGACAAGACCCAACCCAAGAACCCCAGCAUGAGUCGGCAGAGGAGGAGCUGAGGAUUCUGCACAUCUCAGUCAUGGGUGGCAUGAUCGCCCUGCUGCUGUCCAUCCUGUGCCUGGUGAUGAUCCUGUACACACGCCGACGGUGGUGCAAACGCCGCCGGGUCCCGCAGCCCCAGAAGAGCGCCAGCGCCGAGGCGGCCAACGAGAUUCACUACAUCCCUUCCGUGCUGAUCGGUGGGCACGGCCGGGAGAGCCUGCGCAACGCCCGCGUGCAGGGCCACAACGCCAGCGGCACCCUGAGCAUCCGGGAGACGCCCAUCCUGGACGGCUACGAGUACGACAUCACCGACCUGCGUCACCACCUGCAGCGGGAGUGCAUGAACGGAGGGGAGGACUUUGCCAGCCAGGUCACUCGCACCCUCGACUCCCUGCAGGGCUGCAACGAGAAGGCAGGGAUGGACCUCACCCCAGGGAGUGACAAUGCCAAGCUGUCGCUGAUGAACAAGUACAAAGAUAACAUCAUCGCCACCAGCCCCGUGGACGCCAACCACCAGCAGGCCACCCUGCUCUCUCACACCUCCAGCAGCCAGAGGAAGCGGAUCAACAACAAAGCAAGAGCCGGUUCUGCCUUCCUGAACCCUGAAGGGGAUUCUGGCCCAGAGGCAGAAAACGACCCCCAGCUGACCUUCUACACUGACCCCUCACGGAGCCGGAGGCGCAGUAGAGUGGGCUCGCCGCGAAGUCCCGUGAAUAAGACCACCUUGACACUGAUCAGCCUCACCAGCUGUGUGAUCGGCCUUGUGUACUCCUCUCACGUCAGCUGCCCUCUCGUUGUCAAAAUCACCCUGCACGUCCCCGAGCACCUGAUCGCUGAUGGGAGCCGCUUCAUCUUGCUGGAGGGGAGCCAGCUGGAUGCCAGUGACUGGCUGAACCCCGCCCAGGUGAUGCUCUUCUCCCAGCAGAACUCCAGCGGGCCCUGGGCCAUGGACCUCUGUGCCCGGCGGCUCCUGGACCCCUGUGAACACCAAUGCGACCCCGAAACUGGGGAAUGCCUCUGCUACGAAGGUUACAUGAAGGAUCCGGUACACAAGCACCUUUGCAUUCGGAAUGAAUGGGGAACGAACCAGGGGCCUUGGCCUUACACGAUAUUUCAGCGAGGUUUUGACCUGGUUUUGGGAGAACAGCCUUCUGAUAAAAUAUUCAGAUUCACCUACACCCUAGGGGAGGGCAUGUGGCUGCCCCUCAGCAAGAGCUUCGUGAUCCCACCAGCUGAACUGGCCAUCAACCCAUCAGCGAAGUGUAAGACAGACAUGACAGUGAUGGAGGAUGCCGUGGAGGUCAGAGAAGAGCUGAUGACCUCAUCGUCCUUCGACAGCCUGGAGGUCCUCCUGGAUUCCUUCGGGCCGGUGCGUGACUGCAGCAGAGACAACGGAGGCUGCAGCAAGAACUUCCGCUGCAUCUCAGACCGCAAGCUGGACUCCAGCGGCUGCGUGUGCCCGUCCGGCCUCAGCCCCAUGAAGGACAGCUCGGGCUGCUAUGACCGCCACGUGGGGGUGGACUGCUCCGACGGCUUCAACGGCGGCUGCGAGCAGCUGUGCCUGCAGCAGAUGGCGCCCUUCCCGGACGACCCCGCCCUGUACAACAUCCUCAUGUUCUGCGGGUGCAUUGAGGAUUACAAGCUGGGCGUGGACGGACGCUCUUGCCAGCUCGUCACGGAGACCUGCCCCGAGGGAGGCGACUGUGGGGAAGGCAGGGAGCUUCCCAUGAACCAGACUCUCUUUGGGGAGAUGUUCUUUGGUUAUAACAACCAUUCCAAGGAAGUGGCUGCUGGACAGGUGCUGAAAGGAACAUUCAGGCAGAACAACUUUGCUCGAGGUUUAGACCAGCAGCUGCCAGAUGGCCUUGUGGUGGCCACUGUCCCCCUGGAGAAUCAGUGCCUGGAGGAAAUCUCGGAGCCCACUCCUGACCCUGACUUCCUGACCGGGAUGGUGAACUUCAGUGAAGUGUCUGGAUACCCCGUGCUGCAGCUCUGGAAGGUCCGGUCUGUGAUGUACCACAUCAGACUCAACCAAGCGACCGUCUCUCAGGGAAACUCCCCUUCCGACGAGUCAGAGGAGCGGGAGAGAGACCCCAAGGUGCUGACGUUCCCAGAAUACAUCGCCAGCCUGUCCGAGUCCGGCACCAAGCGCAUGGCAGCCGGAGUCCGCAUGGAGUGCCAGAGCAAGGGACGAUGCCCCUCGUCCUGCCCCUUGUGUCAUGUGACAUCCAGCCCUGACACCCCCGCCGAGCCGGUCCUGUUGGAGGUGACCCGAGCAGCCCCCAUCUAUGAACUGGUGACCAACAACCAGACCCAGAGGAGUCUCUGGUUCAGUAGGUCUGGGCGGGGCAUGAGAAUUUUCAUUGCUGUCAAGUUCCCGGGUGAUGCUGAUGCUGCUGGUCUGGGGACGCCACUUUGCGAACCAGCGCUCUACGCCAUGAAGCUUUCCAUCAGACACUACGCCCAAGACAGCCGAUUACAACUCAGGACGCCUGGAGGCAGUGUGAGGCUCCAGACUGCACGCCGUCUGGACCCUCACGCCGCAGGGUUCACCCUGUGGGGAGUGGAUAACACAGGACGGCGCUCCAGGCCGAGCGACGUGAUCGUGAAGACCCCUUGCCCUGUGGUGGAUGACGUCAAAGCCCAAGAAAUAGCAGACAAGAUCUACAAUCUCUUCAAUGGCUACACGAGCGGGAAGGAGCAACAGACAGCCUACAACACCCUUCUGGACCUCGGUUCCCCCACCCUACAUCGAGUCCUCUACCACUAUAACCAGCAUUAUGAGAGCUUUGGAGAAUUCACCUGGCGGUGUGAGGACGAAUUAGGCCCCAGGAAAGCUGGCCUCAUCCUUUCCCAGCUUGGGGACCUCAGCAGCUGGUGCAACGGCCUCCUUCAGGAACCCAGGAUAAGCUUGCGACGCAGCCCCCUCAAGUACCUGGGCUGCCGCUACAGCGAGAUCAAGCCCUACGGACUGGACUGGUCAGAGCUCAGCCAGGACCUCCGGAAGACGUGCGAGGAGCAGACCCUGAGCGUGCCCUACAACGAUUACGGUGACAGCAAAGACAUCUAG